AAUGAGUCUUGAAGGUAAAUUGGUUUCUGAGAUAAAUAUCAAGUGUGAUGGAGAUGUGUUCCAUGAAAUAAUUAUGUACAAACCACAUCAUAUGUGCAACAUAUGCCCUGAUAAGAUACAAAAAGUGGAUAUUCAUGAAGGUGAAUUGGGCACUAUUGACUCUGUUAGGUUAUGGAAAUUCACCCAUGAUGGGAAAGAGAUGGUGGCAAAGGAAGUUAUUGAAGAAAUAGAUGAAGAAAAGAAGUUGGUUAAAAAAAAGAUGAUUGAAGGAGAUAUGUUAGAGUAUUACAAAUCAUUUUACCUCACUAUUCAUGUUGAGACAAAGGGUGAAAACAACUUAGUUACUUGGAUCUUGAAAUAUGAAAAAAAGAAUGCAAAUGUGCCAGAUCCACACACUUUCAUGGAAUUGUGUCUCAAUAUCACUAAAGAUAUUGAGAGUUACCACAUCAAGUGAUACAUAAAUAUGUGUACUUGAAA